AUGCCCACGCCUUCCAGAGCCAGGGGCCUGCGUCCCAGACACCACCACCGUGGGUCCUGCAGCCCCUUGAGUCAGCUCCUGCCUGGCCGCGUGGAGACGCCGUCCAUCAAGGGCCUUUACUACCGCAGGGUCCGGAGGGUGGGCGCCCUGGACGCCUGCCCGGCGGCGGACCUGAGGCAGGAGAUCCUGGUCAACGUCGGGGGCAGGAGGUACCUCCUUCCCUGGAGCACGCUGGACGAGUUCCCGCUGAGCCGCCUGAGCAAGCUCAGGCUCUGCCGCAGCUACGAGGAGAUCACGCAGCUCUGCGACGAUUACGACGAGGACAACCAGGAGUUCUUCUUCGACAGGAGCCCCAGCGCCUUCGGGGUGAUCGCGAGCUUCCUGGCGGCCGGGAAGCUGGUGCUCCUGCAGGAGAUGUGCGCGCUGUCCUUCCAGGAGGAGCUGACCUACUGGGGCAUCGAGGAAGCCAACCUGGAGAAGUGCUGCCUGCGGAAGCUGCUGCAGAGGCUGGAGGAGCUGGCCGAGCUGCGCAGGGAGGAGGCGCGGCCGCGGCGCGGGGAGGCCCGCGUGCCCAACGCGCACACCUCGCGCUGGGGGCUCUGCAUGCACCGGCUGCGCGACAUGGUGGAAAACCCGCAGUCCGGGCUGCCCGGGAAGGUCUUCGCGUGCCUGUCCAUCCUGUUCGUGGCCACCACGGCCGUGAGCCUGUGCGUCAGCACCAUGCCCGACCUCAGGGCCGAGGAGGACAAGGGUGAAUGCUCUCGAAAGUGCUACUACAUUUUCGUCGUGGAGACCAUCUGCGUGGCCUGGUUUUCCCUGGAGUUCUGCCUGCGGUUUGUCCAGGCCCAGAACAAGUGCCAGUUCUUCCAGGGGCCCCUGAACAUCAUCGACAUCCUGGCCAUCUCCCCGUACUACGUGUCACUCGCGGUGUCCGACGAGCCCCCGGAGGACGGCAAGAGGCCGAGCGGCAGCUCCUACCUGGAGAAGGUGGGGCUGGUGCUGCGCGUGCUGCGGGCGCUGCGCAUCCUCUACGUGAUGCGCCUGGCCCGCCACUCGCUGGGGCUGCAGACGCUGGGGCUCACCGUGCGCCGCUGCACGCGCGAGUUCGGCCUCCUCCUCCUCUUCCUGGGCGUGGCUGUCACCCUCUUCUCCCCUUUGGUCUACGUGGCCGAGAACGAGUCCGGGCGGGUCCUGGAGUUCACCAGCAUCCCUGCCUCCUACUGGUGGGCCAUCAUCUCCAUGACAACGGUGGGCUAUGGGGACAUGGUCCCGCGCAGUGUGCCGGGCCAGAUGGUGGCCCUCAGCAGCAUCCUGAGCGGCAUCCUCAUCAUGGCCUUCCCGGCCACGUCCAUCUUCCACACCUUCUCCCACUCCUACCUGGAGCUCAAGAAGGAGCAGGAACAGCUCCAGGCCCGUCUCAGGCGCCUGCAAGACACCCCCACGGCCAGUGAUCUUGAACUCCUGGACACCAGCGUGGCCACUGAGCACGAGCCCAUGAAUGACGUCAACAACCUGAUCCCGGAGAGCCGCGCCUUGCCCGUCGUGCACGUGUAA